AUGCAGGUGUUGUUGAGUGUCCGCCAACGGAUCGCGUCUGCCGCCUUGCAGUCAUCGAGCUCGCCCUCCUUCACUGAGAAACAACGUCCGCAGGUCUGGGACUGUGAGGCGUCCUGGUGUUCCUUGGAUCUUGGCGAGGAAACGCCAUACAUAUCUCUCAAUGAGACCGUGUCUUUGAACGAGUCUUCUUUGGAAGAGCGGAAAGAGGUUUCGCAGUACACCGGCAAUGUGCCGGAGGGCCACAUCACACUGAAUCUGGAAAGAUCUGAGCAGGAAAUUGACAUCAUCAAUGAUGUGGUGCAUUACAAGAGUGCGUACUAUGGGACAAUCAUGGUUGGCAACCCGCCCAGGCCUUUCACAGUUGUUUUCGACACUGGCAGCGGGCACUUGAUUCUGCCGAGCUCGUAUUGCCACACUGAUACCUGCAAAGUGCAUCGCAGGUAUCGGCGCAGCUCUUCAAGCACAGCACGAGACAUUGACUGGGAUGGGCGUGUGGUCAAAGCCGGUGAAGCUCGUGACCAGAUCACGGUGUCCUUUGGCACUGGCGACGUGACAGGCGUUUUCAUGGAGGAUGAUUUGUGCUUUGGACAGCGUGGUCCCGGCUUUGACACCAGCAGCACUAACGUCCCGGUUUCAGGACAAGGCGGCGAGAACUGCGUCAGUAUGCGCUUUAUUGCUGCCACUGACAUGUCCGCAGAUCCCUUCAAAGAUUUCGUGUUCGACGGCGUUCUCGGCUUGGGCCUGGAAAGCCUGUCUCAGACAUCAGCCUUCAACUUCUUGCAGGUCGCCUCUGGCCUGACAAGUACUCGCGGGAGCGGCUUCAGCAAAACCUUCGGCAUCUUCCUGGCAACUCACAACGAAGAGACCAGCCAAAUAACGAUGGGCGGAUGGGCUGAAGAACACUUGGAAGAAGAGGUAAGUUGGAGUCCUGUUCUUGAUCCAGAGUUGGGCCACUGGCUGCUCCAAAUCCAGGCGAUCUGGAUCGACGGUGAACCACUUCCUUUUUGCAGUCAGGGCUGCAAGGCAGUGGUGGACUCUGGGACAUCGCUCCUGGCAGUUCCGACUGCCAUUUUCCCUGAGUUGUAUGAAAGGCUGAGGGCUCCGGCAUCGUUGUCGGGCGACUGCUCCUCGCAAAGCCCGAAGCUCAAAAUCGAGCUGGAUGGCUUCACACUCACCUUAGACGGCGAGGAUUUCAGCCGACUCGAUCAGAAAGGGCAAGUGCAUCCACCAGCUUGGGGCCAACCGCAGAGUCCUGCCGAGGGUACGACUCGACGAGACAUGAUGUGCAAACCUAUGCUGAUGGUGAUGGACUUGCCAGAGCCUAUAGGACCCAAGCUCUUCAUCCUCGGCGAGCCUGUGCUAAAGAAGUUCUACACGGUGUAUGAUGCAGAGAAGAAGCGCAUUGGCUUUGGCCGGGCAAGACAUGCUGCACCUUCUUCUGACCUGGAAAGCGAGAACUGGUGGAACGCAGCGGAAGAUGAGCUGGCCAAGGAAGCGGAGGUGGCUCCGUGA